UGUUGGAGCGGUGCCGACGCCGCCCGGGCGGUUCUGGGAUAGCGAUGGGGACGCCCGGGGUCUCGGCGGGUGCUCUCUUUCUGUCCUCUGCGUCCGCGCCCCCGAGGAAGCGCGCGGCUGGGGAGGCCGGAGAGGCCGGGGUUGCGAAAAGCAAGCAGCGGGUCCUGGAUGAAGAAGAGUACAUCGAGGGACUUCAAACAGUUAUCCAGAGAGACUUCUUCCCUGAUGUGGAGAAACUACAGGCACAGAAGGAGUACCUGGAGGCUGAGGAAAAUGGAGAUUUGGAGCGCAUGCGCCAGAUUGCCAUCAAGUUUGGCUCUGCCUUGGGCAAGAUCUCUCGGGAACCUCCGCCACCGUACGUUACUCCAGCCACCUUUGAAACUCCUGAGGUACACCCGGGCUCUGGUGUGCUAGGCAGCAAGCCCCGGCCCCAGGGCCGAGACCCAGAGGAUGGAGAGGCUGGAGAGGAGGAGGAGAAGGAGCCGCUGCCCAGCUUGGAUGUCUUUUUGAGCCGCUACACAAGCGAGGACAAUGCCUCUUUCCAGGAGAUCAUGGAGGUGGCCAAGGAAAAAAGCCAUGCUCGCCAUGCGUGGCUGUACCAGGCUGAGGAGGAAUUUGAGAAGCGACAGAAAGAUAAUCUUGAACUCCCAUCGGCAGAGCACCAAGCCAUUGAGAGCAGUCAGGCUGGAGUGGAGACCUGGAAGUACAAGGCCAAGAACUCUCUCAUGUACUAUCCCGAGGGUGUCCCUGAUGAAGAGCAGUUGUUUAAGAAGCCACGGCAGAUAGUACACAAGAACACACGUUUCCUCCGGGACCCCUUCAGUCAGGCUCUGAGCAGGUCCCAGCUUCAGCAGGCAGCUGCCCUCAAUGCCCAGCACAAACAGGGCAAGGUUGGCCCUGAUGGCAAGGAGCUCAUUCCCCAGGAGUCCCCCAGAGUGGGUGGCUUUGGAUUCGUUGCUACUCCUUCUCCUGCUCCUGGUAUGAAUGAGUCCCCACUGAUGACGUGGGGAGAGGUUGAGAACACACCCCUGCGAGUUGAAGGAUCUGAGAGCCCCUAUGUGGACAGGACACCUGGACCCACGUUCAAGAUCUUGGAGCCAGGACGCAGGGAGCGUCUGGGCCUGAAGAUGGCCAAUGAAGCAGCUGCCAAAAACCGGGCCAAGAAGCAGGAAGCAUUGAGGAGAGUGACAGAGAACUUGGCCAGUCUUACUCCCAAAGGCCUGAGCCCAGCCAUGUCCCCAGCCCUACAGCGCCUCGUAAGCAGGACAGCCAGCAAGUAUACGGAUCGUGCCCUGCGGGCCAGCUAUACACCAUCCCCAGCACGCUCUACCCACCUCAAGACCCCAGCUGGUGGGCCGCAGACACCCACAAGCACACCAGCCCCUGGGUCUGCUACACGCACACCUCUCACACAAGACCCAGCCUCCAUCACAGACAAUCUGCUGCAGCUCCCUGCCCGGCGCAAAGCUUCAGACUUCUUUUAAAGCCAGGCCUGGCUGGACUUGUGGAUAUUUUGUAGGACACUGUGGAGCGUCGAGGGCAGCUUUGUACUCCUCAGAGGAUCCAGGCCUUGGAGCCCCAGGCCACAGGCAGUUGACUAUUCCAGGAACCACAAGUAUACAGUGCUGCUGCAUGACCAGGGUGGCACAUCAUGCUAACUACUCUCUUGGGAGUAUAGCGUUGGUGCUGUCCCCCAGGGCCCUGCUGAAACUGCCUUCUAGUAAACCCCCAAUUGAAUCUCAUUAAAGAACACCUGGCACUGUCUGGCCGGGCUGCCGAUCCAUGUCCUGGGGCCCAUGUGGGUGUCUUGGGAUCUCGGGGUUAGAAGCAAGGGGCUCUAGGGGAGGAAACCUUGGCUCACAGAGCUGCCUUCUAUGCUGAGAUCACCCCAGAGCCUUCUACUGUAAAGGGUAGCACAGACCCCAAACAUUGCACCAUUGCGCUCAUGGGCCUCUCAGCCAGGGCUGACCAUUGGGUCUGUUGGUUAUGGGAGGCUCACCAGAACCAAUCCUCUUCCUGUGACUUGAGCAAGUUCCUCCCAGCAAUCUGGCUGCCUCCCAGUGUUUUCAGCUCUGCCUACUGGACUCUGCUGAGACACCAGCUUUACCUCAGCCUGAGCUGUACUCUGAGAAGAGUGUGGACUACCUGCAAACUAGAGGCCAGCUAUGCCUGUGAGCCUGUGCCUACAGAAAGACCUAAAGGGUCCCUGCUCAGCCUAACAGAGUCAAAACACUGAUCUAGUUUUCAGGCCUCAAGUGGCUUCCUAGGGCCGCCCUCUGAACAGCCCAAGCUGUUGAGGCAGCCUGAAGCACACCAGAGUCUUCUCACUCUUGAUCUUGCUUCGAUUCCAUGAGAGCCACCUUUUCUAGUCUGCUGGCAUUGGGCCUAUCAAGCCCAGCACUCACGUUCUCUGGAGACCACCAAGGUUGGGUACCUUCCUCCUCGGGCCUUGUACUUAGUUUUUGUCAGUUUGACAGAAGCUAGGAUCACCUGGGAAGACAGAACCUCAAUUGGAGAAUUACCUCAUCAGAUUGGCCUGACAGCAUGUCUGCAGGCAUUUUCUUGUUGCUAAUUGAUAGUGGUGCUUGGGCAAGUGGUGCUGGGUUGUGUAAGAAAGCCUCGGAGGAAGCUAGAAAGGAAGCCAGCCAGGAAGCAGCACUCCUUCAUGGUUUCUGCUUCAGCUCCUACUUGAGUUCCUGCUCUGGCUUCCCUCAGUGAUGGACUGUGACCUGAAUGUGUGAGCUGAAUAAACCAUUUCCUCCCUUAAGUUACUUUUCUAUCAAGUGUUUAGUGUUUUCUAUCAAGGCAACAGAGACAAACUAGGCCAGGCCUCUACUAACCAGAAGCUCCCCACAGUGAGGCAACCCUGGGACCCUCAGGGCUGGAGCUGGGAUCUUCUGCUCAGGAAGCUUGAGAUUUAAACCAAGGAUUCCUCCAGUAAGAGAAAGCAGAUACUGGAGACAGGGAGAAUGGGUGUGAUCUGGGUGCUGGCCACCUCCAGCAUUUGGCCAGUAUGAGGGAGUCUUUAAGGAGAGGUGGAACCAGGAAAUGGUGCCUAAGGAACUUUGAUUGAGGGCUGCUAAGGGUCUACAUUGCAGGUCUACAGAAUGGGUAAAAUAGCAACAAGUUUCCAGGCGGGCUGCCCCAUUCCUGGGGAUGGUGAGGGUGAGACUUGCACAGGAAAGGUCUGAAUUUGAUUGCCCCUGAAGUGAAUGGACAAUGAGCACUGUGUAAGAACAAAACAGGGGCGGGGUGGCUUGUAUUGCUUAAGAUAAGAGAGAGGCAUGGAGCUGUCCAGUGCUAGAGGCCUUGGGGAUGGAGGAAAGUCAGAAGCCAACAUGUGUGAGCCUAGCAAAAGGACCUUGAUAGAGGUCCCCCUGCCACAGGCCUCACUGAGUCUGCCUGUGCCUGUGUACAGGUUCCUAAACCCCUGUGCUGGAGAUCCCCGCGCUGGAUGAGUCCUAGAGAAAAAGACUCCCCACUGGGCACUCUCAAUGCUUGUAUACACUUUGUGGUUUAUUUGGUGGUCAGUAAUUAAUGGCUUUGCUACGAAGUGGAAGAAAGCUAAUAGAACGUAAUCAAAAUAGUGGUUUAAUUGACGGAUUUUACUUGUUCCUUGCACCUGUGCCUUCUUCAGCUCCUACCUCCUACUUAGCUUAUGUGGGUGCAGACUGCACACCAUGAUCCCCCAGGGCCCUCUCCGCCACUAGGUACUUGCUUUCCCCACCUCAGCUCCAGAGAUGUGAUGGUCUUUAGCUCUGGAAGUCUCCGCCAGCCUCUCCUCCAUCCUGUCUUCAUUCUCAGGUGCUACCAGCAGCCGGUGCUGGGGUUUGCUCCCCAGUUUGUGGUCAGGCCGGUGUUCGGGUCUUGAGCCUGGUCGAGUAUCCAACUUGCAAUCAGCUCGAUACUUGCCUUCCCCCUCCCUCUUGAAGGAGGCAGAAGACAUGGCUUUGGGCUUGGGGGGCUGAAGCCACGAGUGGCUGAGGAUCUCAUCAAUGUGCAGCCUCCGGUUGACAUCUGGCUGUAGGAUGCGGUAGAUGAGGUCCUUGCACUCACCAGUUAGAUUCUUGGAGCGUGGGAAGUCCACUCGGUGCUCCUUCUGGAUGCGCAGCAUCUUUUUGAUGUCAGAGUCAUCGUAGGGCAUGGAGCCACAGACCAUGAUGUAGAGGAUCACACCCAGGCUCCAGAUGUCAUACACCUUGGGCUGGUAGGGGAUGCCCUGCAGCACCUCGGGGGCCGCAUAAGCUGCUGACCCACAGAAGGUUUUGCUGAGGACGAUGCGCCCGCUCCCGUCCCGCAGGCAGCGCUUGGAGAAGCCGAAGUCAGACAGCUUGAUGUUGAAGUCCUUGUCAAGCAGAAGGUUCUCACACUUGAGGUCUCGGUGGACGACAUCCAGAUCAUGGCAGUACUUGACGGCUGAGGAGAGCUGGCGGAACAUCUUGCGUGCCACAUCCUCGUGCAGGGCUCCUCGGCACUUGAUGAACUCGAGGAGGUCGCCCUGGACGCCCAGCUCCAUGACAAUGUAGAUGCGUCCAUCAGAGGUCUCAAAGAUCUCAUAGGUCUUAAUGAUGGAACGGUGGUUGACAGUCGCCAGGAUGUCCAUCUCCCUAGGAAGGAAUCUCUCCACAAAGUCAGUGGGUGUUUUCUUGCGGUCUAUGAUCUUGACUGCCACAUUGAACUUGAGGCGCUCUGAGUAGGCAGAUUUGACUUUUGCAUAGGAGCCCUUGCCCAGAUUGAUUCCCACGAUGUAACCCUUCUUCCUUAGGACCGCGGCAUCGUCCAUGGUGCCAGGAGCGGCCGGUGCCGCCGCCCUCUACAUCCCCUCCCCACACGGGCCAGCAGGCAUUGUCCUCAUUCCCACUGUGGGGAGGCGUCUGGCUGGGCUGGGCCUGGAGUGGAACGCUCAGCAUUGUCACCAAGUGACCAGCGAAUGAAGUCAUAAAGCUGGGCUGCUGGGAGUGGGGACUAGGCUUGGGGGAAUGGGGCCCCUGGACGGAAGCCAGGAAGGCCUAGAAGGAGCACCCCCUCCCCACCCACUGGAAUGAAGCUGGCAUUCAGGCCUGUGGUAACCCUCCCUGGCCCUUUUUCUUGCUGUGACUUCGUUGUCACCAGUGAGGCCCAAAGAGAAGCCAUACAGGUUCAGUCUCUGUUUCACUGUGGGGCCAUGGGAGUCGGGCCUGUGUCGGUCCUCACUUGACUGGACCCAGUUGGUUGGGGUUUGAAGAAAACUUCCUAUGAGUUUGUGUCAGUCAGUGGAAGCUGCCCAGGUCCAGUCAGUCCAGUGGUGGUUCCAGUCUACUGGAUGAAAGCAGCCCCGUGUCUGGGGCCUGGAGUUGGCAAGGGUCUUUGGGCUACAGAGUGGGCAGAUGACCCACAUCCCUGGUGAACAGGUGUGUGGGGGUGGGAGGGUAGGUUGUACAAGAGGAUGGACUGAGGGUCCAGGUAGGCAGGUGCAUGCUUGGGAGAGUGCGGUGUGGAAGAUAGGGAGGCUUCAACCAGAUGUACAAGGUGGCGAGGUACCCAAGCAGACAAGCGCUGAGAAUGGUUCAAGUGUAAGUCAGGGAAGAAAAAGGUCAUGGAGCUUUUGUCUGCAAAUGAUCGGCAGCCCCUAUAGAGCCUAACACCCUUUUAAGAUGGUUGCUGUUAGGAAGAGAAGCCAGGUGACUUUGGGAUGCAUGUGGAGCCCCAGGGCCUCGGGCCAGAGCAGGCAUCUGAGGGUCGAGGGGAGGGGAGAGGGUUACGAAAAGCCAAUGGGCCUGGUAGUGAGGAGGGGACUGUGUUAGGCUUGGUGCUGGACAGCCCAGGGAUUGAUAGCCCUUAGCGUUGCCCAUGAAGAGCAAGCUUGGAGUUUUGUGAGCAGGUGAGCCAGGCCACAUGAAGGGCUGUGGCAAUGCUCAUUAUUCGCAGUUGGAGUGUCUUGUGUUUUGUGCAUGGAUGUUUGUUUUGCAAGGUGGCAUCAUCUGUCCAUCUUCCUGGCUCCUUUAGAAGUCCCAUGCUCAUUUUCACAUCCCACAGAUGAAAGUCAAACACUUUCAGUGAGUUGCCAGAAUGUGUAAGUGCUGUGCUCAGAGGGCAAGCAAGAAGGCCCAUUUCUAGAUGGGAGGUGGGACAGACAGCAUCAAACAGGAAGUGACAUAGGCGCAGAGGGGAACAAGAAUACACCAUAGAGGCCACCUUGAAGUUCUGGUUCUAAUGCCCAUGAGUGACACACACAGCAGGAGCCCUUGUGUCACUUCUAUCUCAACUGUCUCCUCAUUGAAUUUUAAGCAGCCUCAGGCCACCUUGGUGUCUUCUGUCCCCAAAACCUUGGCAAAAACCACAGAGGUGAAAAGCCAGGUGCCUACACACUUCUCAGAACACCCCACCACUAGCCCCAUGUCUUGGAGCCUUCUGCCCCAUGCAGGUUUCUUCAUGGCAGUGCUGCUCAGAGUCUGUACUAUGCCUGAACCCUAGAUACUUGGUUCUCACAGCAAAGUUCACAGAAGCAGGCUGUAAAGUGUUGUUUGGUCCCAGAAGGCUUUGAGGACAAACCCCCUUGCUGAGCCUGGGGAGAUGGGCAGUCUUCAAAGGUGAAUUGGUGAAGCGCAAGGCCCUGGGUUCGGUCCCCAGCUCCGAAAAAAAGAACAAAAAAAAAAAAAAGGUGAAUUGGCAAGUAUGCUUAUGGCGUACAUGUUGGGGUGGGUGGGGCACUGAUGGGCAGGUCAGCAGGUAGCACUGAAAUCCUGUCUGAGCAUGGGAGGAUGUAGCCUGGGUAUUGCUGUGAACACUGGGAGGCAAUGGGUAGAAAAGCAUACAGUAGGGCAAAGGUGGGCUGGAUGUGGUGUGGGUGCAAGGACAAGUCCAGGAACUCACUGAACACCACUUUUCUAGGGUACUUGGCACUGGUGUCUUCCCAAGGUAGAGAUAUAGGUGGGUUCAGGGUUGAGAUGAGUCUAAAUGUUUUUGGUUUUGUGUAUUAAACCCAUAGAUGUUCAUGAUGUUGCCCAGAGUGAGGUGAAGGAAGGGGCCACAACGGCAAGGUGAGGACUGCCUGGGUCAUGAUGUAAGCAAGGCAGGCAGCACAUGGGAACCAGUGGUGUCAGGUGCAGGCUAUGCCCAUUUGGAAUACCAAUAGCCGCCUUCCUGCCCAUAGAGUUCCGACAUGCUGCCAGUUUUGCUUUGCAGAGGUCAGCUUCCAGCUCUACUGGGGCAUGAUUGGAGGGGAAUGGGAUACAGUCAAAAGCUAUACAGGGCUGUGGGGCAUGCUUGAGUUAGCUAGUGGAGCCCCUACUCCUGGGCUGGGAAACAGCAGUGUGUAGCAACUUAGAGCACAGUUGAGGACUGAGUACCAGCUGGACAGGGAGGAACGUGUCCUAGGCUGGACUGCUAAGCAAGUCCCAAGAGGGACUAUAGGGCUGGUCAGUAUGCCUUCUGUACUCUCCCCAGCCCUCAGGCAUGGUCAUGCAGCCUGCAGCCCUGGGAUAGUGUUAAAACACCUGCCUGACCCUGAGCCCCUGAUGCAGGAAGCCAGCUCUCCUGGUGCAAGACAGGGCUUUGGCUUCCAGCCCUCCUUCUUCUACAGGCAGUCAUGUUCAUCCUUGGGCUAGCCUCCCAUUGUCUUCUCUCCACCCUUCUUUGCACUCCUCAGCCUCCCUCUGGAAGUUAUCUUCUUCUUAUCUUCCGUGGGCUCUGCUCCUCCAAAUGCCCCCCCUCCCCCAACCAGCCUUUCACUGGUACAACUGCCUCACCUCGGCCUAAGGACACAGUCUGGGCUUGGGGCGCAGGAAUGGACUUCCCUAUGAGUGACGAUUUGCAGUCUCACAGGAAGACAAGGGGAGCCCAGGACUACAGUGAUCUGGGUAAAGACAUUCACCUGAGGGUGUGCACCCAUAUAGUGGUUUAUUGCUUCUUUAGCCAUGUGAGUUACCAAGUUCAAAGGAGGGGGAGAAGAAAGUGACGAAAAUAGCUCAUCCGGGAGUGUCUUCCUUCUCUCUCUCGUCCCUUGACUUCUAGGCUCAGGCUUCAAGCCAUGAGCUCUGCCUCCUUCCCUGCUGGCCCCCUGGGCUGCAAGAGGCUCACUAAGUAUGUGUCUCUGAAGGCUGUUGGGGAUGCCCUUCCUCUGUGGCCCUGUUCAGUUCGCUGCUGAGGCCCACGUUCUCUGACUGCCUGGCCACCUGCACAUUAUCUUCCUGGGGUUUUGUCUCAGAUUGGGCCUCAGCUCGUGCCUCUUCCUUAGGCUCCAACUUGGUGGCAGACUUCUUAUCAGCACCAGGUUCAGGGGUCCAUGAGGGCUCAGCGGCCCGGGAGCUUUCCCCUUCCUUGUUGAUGGCUCCAGAGGACAGACCUCGAGUCUUGGGCUGCACCCAGCAGUGGCUGAGGAUCUCAUCAAUGUGCAGCCUCCGGUUGACAUCUGGCUGCAACAUUCGGUAGAUGAGGUCCUUGCACUCACCAGUCAGGUGUUUGGAGCGUGGGAAGUUGACGCGGUGCUCCUUCUGGAUGCGCAGCAUCUUUUUGAUGUUGGAGUCAUCGUAGGGCAUGGAGCCACAGACCAUGAUGUAGAGGAUCACACCCAGGCUCCAGAUGUCAUACACCUUGGGCUGGUAGGGGAUGCCCUGCAGCACCUCGGGGGCCGCAUAAGCUGCUGACCCACAGAAGGUCUUGCUUAAUGUCAGCCGACCACUAUCAUCCCGCAAGCAGCGCUUGGAGAAGCCAAAGUCAGACAGUUUGAUGUUGAAGUCCUUGUCAAGCAGAAGGUUCUCACACUUGAGGUCUCGGUGGACGACAUCCAGGUCGUGGCAGUACUUGAUGGCCGAGGAGAGCUGGUGGAACUUCUUUCGAGCAUCAUCCUCUUGCAGGGCUCCUCUGGUUUUGAUGAAUUCAAGGAGGUCACCCUGGACCCCAAGCUCCAUGACAAUGUAGACCUUGCCAUCUGACGUCUCAAAGAUCUCAUAGGUCUUGACAAUAGAGCGGUGGUUUAGCAUGGCCAGAAUCUCAAUCUCCCGGGGAAGGAAUUUCUCCAGGAAGUCCGUGGGGGCUUUCUUGCGGUCGAUGAUCUUGACCGCCACGUUGAACUUUAGGCGCUCAGAGUAAGCGGAUUUGACUUUGGCAUACGAGCCCUCUCCUAAGUUUAUCCCCAUGAUGUAGCCUCGUCGCUUGAGGACGGCUGCGUCAUCCAUGGUGCCGGGAGUGCCCAGUGCCUCUGAGGCUGCCCUCUACAUCCCUGCCAGACAUGGGCCAGCAGUGUUUUCAUUUAUACUGUGGACAGAGAGUCCUCUGAGCUGGCCAGGCCUGCUGUCCCUGCCUCCUAAGAGGCCCAAGACUCUAAC